CUCCGCCCCGGCGGCGGCGGCUCUGCUGCCCCGGGAACCCCGAGCCGCGGCGACGCUUGUGACCCCGAGGAGCAGGAACCUAUGAACCCUGAGCCCUGGAGACCAUGGAUAAAUUUGACCUGAUUAAAGUCAUUGGGGAAGGUGCCUUUGGAAAAGCGUACUUGGCUAGAGAGAAAUCAGAAAGCAAGCACUGUGUCAUAAAAGAGGUCAAUUUUACAAAGAUGUCCAUCCGAGAGAAAGAAGCUUCAGAAAAAGAAGUGAUUCUUCUGGCUAAGAUGAAACAUCCCAACAUUGUAACCUUCUUCAGUUCCUUUCAAGAGAACAGCAGACUGUUUAUUGUAAUGGAGUAUUGUGAUGGAGGGGAUCUCAUGAAGAGAAUCCAAGGACAACAAGGCAAGUUGUUUGGAGAAGGCCAGAUCCUAGGUUGGUUCGUACAGAUUUCUGUAGGACUGAAAUAUCUUCACGAUAGGAAGAUUCUACACAGAGACAUCAAGGCUCAGAACAUUUUUCUCAGCAAAAAUGGAAUGAUUGCAAAGCUUGGGGACUUUGGAAUAGCAAGAGUCCUGAAUAAUUCCAUGGAACUUGCUCGAACUUGUGUUGGCACUCCUUACUACCUGUCCCCAGAGAUCUGUCAAAAUAGACCAUACAACAAUAAAACGGAUAUUUGGUCCCUUGGCUGUGUCUUAUAUGAGCUUUGCACACUCAGGCAUCCUUUUGAGGGUAACAACUUGCACCAACUGGUUCUGAAGAUUUGUCAAGCACAUUUUGCCCCCAUCUCACCACGGUUUUCUCAUGACCUACGAUCCUUGAUACCUCAGCUCUUUAAAGUGUCUCCUCGAGAUCGACCAUCUAUUAAUUCCAUUUUGAAGAGGCCCUUUUUAGAGAGUCUUAUUGCCAAAUACUUGACUCCCAAGGUCAUUCAAGAAGAAUUCAGUUACAUGCUCAUAAGCAGAGCAAGACCAUCAGCCUCACGACCUGGUGGGAAGGUGGUCCAGGAUUCUAAAAUACAGAAAGUGAGAUUCCAGGAAAAGUGCCCACCAAGGUCAAAGAUGUCAGUGCCAAUUAGCAGGAAGGGGAUAGUGCACAGAAAUGAAUGGCGACCACCAGCUGCCGCUCUGAAACCCGUAUCUAUCAAAAUGGUAGAAACUCCUAAACUUGCUGCAGUUUGUAGGCAUUAUGACUAUUAUCAUGCUCAACUUGACUUGCUGAGGAAGAGAGCCCAUGAACCAAACUAUGUUCCUCAAAAACAUUCUGGAAUUGAGAACUAUGAUCAAGAAGAAAGGCACAGCCUGUCACCUACUCCAUGGUCUGCUGAGUACGUUCAGAGGAAAUUCGAAGCUCAACAGUAUAAGCUGAAAGUGGAAAAGCAAUUGGGGCUUCGGCCGUCUUCGGCUGAGCCACAUCGCAACGGCAGAGAAGAGCUCAGAAGCCACGGAGAAGCGCCUAUAUCUCAAGAGCUUCAGUUCAGGAAAAACAAAACGAAGGACCAGGAAUAUUGGAAACAGCUAGCGGAAAUCCGCCAACAGUACUACAACGACAUGAAAGAAAUUAAAAAGAAGAUUGGGAGAGAGCUGGAGGAGAAUGCAAACCUCAGUCAGAAAACCUAUCUGGUGAAGAGGAGUGACCUGCCCAGCCACGCAGAGGGAGCUGAGCAAGAAGCUCCUGCCCAGGACAUUGAAAGAAACCUGAAACAAACUAAACUUCAGAACACCAAAGAAAGCAAAGUUCCUGAACAGAAACUUGAAAGUAAGAGAGGGGUAAAGUUUGAAAUUAGUUUAGAGAAUUGUGUUUCUGAAGAAGGCACCCUCCAAAAGAAAGAGGCAAUGGAUACACUAAAUGAUACCUUGAGCUUUGAAGAUGGCAUGAAGGUCAAUGAACCCAGGUGUAUGAAGGAGUGUGAAAAUUACACAGACAAAGCCUUUGAGGAGCUGUGUGGCCCAGAAGCAGACUGUUCAAUUCAGAAUGCCGUGGCUGCAGAAAACAGGAGGCAGUGGGAAGCCAGAGCACCUCAGACUCUGCUACAAAUGAUGGCAGCUGCUGACGUCACCUCCACCUGCCCCACCGUGCCUGAUGAUGGCCAAGUCGCUGUGAUGGAACGUGCUCCGCAGAACAGGAAGCAGUGGCGGCAUGAGCCACCAGCAACGCUGAUGACCGCUUGGGCUGCGGCUCACCUGAGCAGUAGCUCGUUUUCCGCCAGUGAAGGAGAACGUGUAGGAAUAGUACAACAGUGGCUUCCUAAAGAUGAAGAGUCAGAAACAGACUACAACAGUGAAGAUGAGGAACUGGACCCAGGAUCAGAUGGUGACGAUACAAAUUUUGAAGAGUCUGAAGAUGAGUUGAGAAACAAAGUAGUGGAAUCCCUAGAAAAACUUGCCACUCCCAAAGAACAGGGGGAAGAGGCUUCCAGCUCCCCUAAAGAUGUUGAGAAAUCAGGAGAGAAAAGCAAGCCACCAUUGGAAAAAUCAACUGAAGGCCAGCAUACUGCUUCUAAUCCUCCCAAUGAUCCACUCUGCAUCUCUGAGGGUGACCAAGGGACAUCAGCAACCAGCUAAAAUAUGCAAGUGUGACUGUUGUUCUCUCAUUGCUAAGGAUCAGUGUCCUUUUUCUUAACCAGUAUCCAUUAUUUGACCCAUUUUACCCACUUACCUACCUAGAUCAUGUUGAGGAGAGGAGCAGCCCUGAUGACUGGUUGUCUUAGGCUUGGCUCCAUGUAUGAAAUUGAAAUUGUUUGCUCAGACUUGCAUGUGUUUAUCUGAAGAAUUAGCUGACUUAGAGAAAUCGGCUUCCAGCUGUGUGUGGCAGCUAGCAAACUGGUCUUCCAAGACGUGUAUCCACCCUUCAACCUCCCUUCUGAGCAUCUCGUAGCAUUUACGUACAGUCCAAGAGGGCACACACCACCACGACACUGGAAUGAUGCUUUUCCAAAGCCAAGAGUGACCUCAGACUUAGGGUGAGGAGUUGGCAAAAGAACAGUGUGAGAAGUGGGGGAGACCAAUUAGCUACUAGAAACUCGCAUAAUUUCUUGUGGUUAUGUAGCAGAAGUAACUUUUCUGCUGUGCUCACUGACAGAUUUGCCACAGAUAUGUAUUUAUUCGUAUCAAAGUCUCGGAGUCUAGUGUGCAUCCACAUAUUAGACAUAAUGCUCUGAAAAGGCUGAUAAUAACACUGGUCUUUACCAUAAUUUUCGUUUGUUUGGUUGGGUUUUUUGAGGUAGGGUCUUGCUCUGUCCCAGACUGACCUGGAAUUCACUGUGUGGUCUCAAACACAUGGUGAUCCUAAUACCUCUGCCUCCCUCUCAAGUGCUGGGAUUAAAGAGUAUGCCACUAUGCCUGACUUUAUCUUAAGUUUGCUUGUAAGAUACCUAUCAAGGAAUUGAAAUCAGGUAUGGGGGCUGGUGGUGUAGAUCAGUGGCAAAGUAUGCUUACCUAUCUCCAUGAGGGCUUGAAUCCUAACACCUUCUCCCCCCCAAAAAAUUAUUUACAAGCAGAGAGAGACACAGUGAAGAGAGACAGAGAAUGGGUACACCAGAGCCUCCAGCUGCUGCAAAUGAACCCCAGAUGC